AUGCGUGAGUAUGUGGCCAACCUAGUGGCCAACCCAACAGCGAACGCCGUUGCCUACACGGUCGGGGCAUACACUGUGAUUUUCGGUGAUUGGUUUCACUUGGGCACUAUGGCGCACGAGUUCACACAUAUCCUCGACCUGCUUGCUCUGGAGGAGUAUGUGAGUGAUCCCGGCUCUCAGCCUUUCAGCGACACCUCGUAUUGGCAGACGCCCCAGGACUUGGAUAGCGCUCUGCCCACAGCCUACGCCGCUAGCUCAUGGCAAGAGGACUUUGCCGAAGCUGGACGGGUUGCGCUGAGUGAUAUUGUGGUUCCGGGUGGUCUUGCUGGGAUCAAUCCAAAUAGUUCCCAGAUCCAGUGGCAGGUCGGCACGUACAAGGACUACCUUGAGGACACGAUAUUUCCUGCCGGAGAGACCUGCACUGGCAAGGCAGCCAGCUCUCCGCCUGUGCCUGUGAGCUCGAGUGCCAAGGUCAGCUUGAAGGUAUUGGGGCCGAAGCCGUACGUUGGCCUCAGUGGUGAGGUGCCGGAGAUUGUGGUACCGGAAGGAGCCAAGAAGUUCAAAUUUGUGUAUCCGCUUCCGGAAGAUAGGAGAAGAAGUGUCUCAUAG